CCAUCCCCCUCCUCCCUCGCAACCCCCGCGCCCGCUUCUUCAAGAGCCGGCGACUGGCCUCUUUCUCAUCCUCACCCACCCGAGACAUCUUCGUCUCAGCUUUCCCUUUCUUCUUCUCUUCCUUCCCCCUUUCUCUCCACCAAACCGAACGUCCCGCCCGUCUGCACGCGACCCGAACCCGCCCCGCGCAGCAAGCCAGCCAGCCGAGAGUCAUCAUCCAUCCAUACCUUUAGAUACGCAGUCAGUCCCGUCGUCUCCCGCCGCUUGGACUUCAGCACCUUCUCGACCUGCCUGCCUGUCGGUCGACCCAAGGAACCGAAGCGCGGACCGUCACCCCAUCUACCUUACCUACCCCGCCCCCUCCCUUCCUCCCUGCCUGCCUGUCGCCUACCCGCCCGCCCGCUGCCUGCCUGCCUGCCUGCCUGCCUGCCUGCCUCACCCGUUUGGCCCAACCAGUCAGCCUCAGGCCUUCAUCUCGACCGUGACCAGGCAUCGGCGAGCCGCAUCAGCUACGUGUGUGAUAUCGGGCACGCUCUCGCCCUCCACGUCUCGACGCCUUUUCUGCAUGGUGGUCAGUCUCCGAUCCCUUCGUCUGCGCGUUCGCCUCCGUCCUUGUUCGCUUUUGAUGUUCAGCCCUGCGUUCCAGCUUUCGCGUUUCGUCUUCGUCCAGACCCCGACACCCCGCUCACCUCGUCAUCCGCGCCCCUCGACCCCACCGUUACUUCCUGCCCAUCUGCCUCGUAUCUCUGUCCGCUUUUGCCCCCAUCUACCUCAUCUAGACGCCACCGUACUUUCGCCCUCGAGCUGCUUCAUGGCAGCUUGACGGGCAUCUUUUACCGUUUGAGACGCUCGACUUCCUAGCCCGCUAACGCCUCGUGAUGGAAGAGCAGUCCUCCAAUACUGCCCCAACGCCGCCGCCGCCGCCGCCCGCCAACGCACAGUCAGCGAGCCCUCCAGCUUCUGGGCUUUCCACCUCCGAGCCGACUCUUCGAUUCCCCCGGCCGCAGGGGAACAGGCGUCUGGCCAAGUGGAUUUCCACAAGCGACCCGGACAUCAUGCGCCUCACUACGACGGCCGAGGAGUCCGGCUUGGCCGAGUCCACCUACGAACUCAUCUCCAGCACUGACAACGAAUCCCAAGAUGGCAACUACACCGAGUCCAUGGGCGGAUCUGUCGGCUCUCUCGACAUUCAUCGCCCCGACGAUGUCCACAGCCUUGCCGGCACUGAGUACACCCACGACGGUGAAUCAGUUCUCGACGACGGAGACGCCCAACUGUCCCAGCCAGCAUCCUCUGACCGAGGCAACGAAACACAAGGGCGUGCCGGGCAGCUGGCAGCUGGAGACGCAUCGAUGCCUGAGACGGAUGAUAUGCAAGAGACAGACAGCUCUGAGUCCGACGAGGAGGCCCGCUCGCGUUGCUCCCUCGAAUAUACGCAACAGAGUCUCGGUACUCCUUCCAUCCUCACACCCGAGGCAAGUAGACUCGUGGAUCUCUCAGAGCUUCAGCCUCGGCGGCGGCAGAACACCAUAACGCAGAAUCAUGUCGAGGAGAAACCAAACGACUUGUUCGCCGAUUUGCUGGAGAUGGCUGUCCACGGCAAAAACUACCUGCUGGAGACGGUGGCUACGGCUCUUCCUGGUCUCCUGUUCGCAGCAGCGUUUGCUGUUCUCAUUCCGAUUCUAUACACGCCACCCGUGGAGCAGCCCAACCCAGAAGUCGUCAUCAUGACCUCCACCAUUACCGCGACUACGACAUCCUAUGUCACUACCAAAGCGCCGUCCAAUCCUCAGCCGACUUCAUUGGCAAAGAACGGCAUGGGGCUUAUACCCCUGGGUGAUGGUGUACCUGAAGAUGGCCUCUUUGGCCCCAAAAAGCCCCUAGUUUCUUUGACGCCCCAACCUCACAGCAACAUUCUUUUGCAUGUCGCACAGGACGUGAAGCAAACCUGGUUAUCCAAGGGCUGUCUGGUCGCUACAGCUUCGAGAGAUGAAAAUGAUUUCAUCAAUGUGGUCCUGAUCCCAGUGGACGAAGGUAUCCUGGUCAAAUUCCCGAAAAAGGAAGCGCAUGGCGUGGUCAAGCUAGCGUUGAAGGCCACAUGCCGCCCCAAGAUGCAUAAGGUGGUUAAGGUCCACUUUGGCAAGGGUGUUCUGGAAGAAGCCUUCGAGAUGACCAAGAAUCUCGCCCACGAUCUUUCUGGUCUUAUGCCCGUGGCGGCCCAUGAGGCGGAGCGCUGCAUCGAGGGUGCCAAACGAUCUCUUGGGGUUGUUUCCGAUGCCAUCGGAAACAACGUUAUUUACGUCUCGGACAACGUCCUCGGUCGACUUGGCCACGCAUUUAACACGGCUCAGCAAUCACUCGGAUCGGUCAAGACUGACGUCGUGACCCGCGUCAAGGGUGCCGCUGAGGAGGUAGCCCGGAACCUCGACGUUGCCUCGCAACAGGCGAUGGAGCAGCUGCACAAGGUUCAAGGCGUGCAGAACCAACUCCAAUUAGGGCUUCUUGACGCGCAAAUUUCUGCGAAGAUGUGGUGGCUCAAGGCCACGGGGCGGAAGGAAGAGCAUGCAGAGUACAGGCGCAAGGCAAAAGACUUUGUCGCAAUGAAGAACGCAGCAGCAAAGCAGCCUCGCCGGGGUAGGCGAGCCGAGGCCAAGGCUGAAGCGACUCGAAGGCCAUGGUCGAGGGCUAUGCGGCAAAGCGACUGUCAACGAGGUGCUCGACGAGGUAGGAGUAGCACGCACCAGUGCAAGAUGGCGGUCUGAACAAUACAGAUAUUGGGGUCUCUUUUUUUUGUUUUUGCGCUUUGGACGCAUGGGGUUCGGAUUGGCAGCCUGUACGGUAUGGAACACAGCGUGGGAUGGAGUUUGGAGGACGCCUGGGUUACGUCCGGCCUUCUCACAGGCCCUCUCUACUUUUCGAGAAGCUGGGCAUAGCCACCACAUGGACAAGGUAACAGGACCACAUUGGUUUUACUACUCAACAUGCUGCUGGCACCGUUGG